AUGUCGGAUAUUCCAGUGAUCGCUUUCGGUCCCAGACCCGACAUCUAUUAUAUUGGCCUGGGGAUGCGUUAUUACGCACCCGGUAUGCCGGCGUCUGCACAAGGGACCAUAAGUAAAUGGCCUGCAAUCCAAAUCAAGUGGAUGAGCAUCGAUGCAGACGGCGCAUUUAUGGCAAGGGACGCUUAUAGCAGUCGAGUGGAAUAUGAUACACGGGUCACACCAGACGCAAUCAGCAAGUUGCAUGCAACGCCUGCCGCCGAAUAUAUCACAUUUGGUCCCAACAAAAAAAACUUUUGCGCUAUUAUGUCUGGAGGCACCUGGAGUUCAUACCUCGAGAACGAGAACAUCAAGAAUCUGCGGGUGAUCGAGGCCAGCGUUGGAGGGCCCGAUGUUUUCAACCGUGCCCUGGAUGGAAUCCUCUUCGGCAAAGGCAGCACCAUGAUUUUCAUGUUCAAAAAUUGCUUCUCGUACUACACAGACCACGAGACAGAAAACACUGCUGUGGAAAAGCUCAUGGACGACUAUAUCAACCGCCAGCCGCCAUGGACAAUCGAACGUGGAUCCGCGUUGUGCCAGUGGAACGUCAACUACUACUUUCUCAAGUUCCGAAAUACACAAACGAACGCCAUUAUGAUGCAUUGGAAUCUACCCGAUGCUAUGGCUCAGCAACUGGCAGAUUUAAAAGCAUCUUUUGCAACACAGGAAUCAAAACAAGCAAUCGCGAAUCACCAACAACAGGGGAUGAUACAGGCAACAAAUAAUUUUGCUCUGGCAGUUCACGCAAAUAACGCGAUGAGGGCGGUGUUCUUCCCCAGUCAAUAUGGCUAUUACUAA